UGGGGAAGGGCUUAAAGGCUGAGUCAAAAGCCAAGAAGUCUCUUUAUUUACGCCUACCUCCCAGCCCCUGGCAAUCUGACUAAUAACAAACUGAGCUAACAGGAAAGACUAGAAAGAGCAGAGAGAACAUAGAAGCAGCUUGGAUCUAAAAAUCAGUCAAACCAAGUGAUCGAGUAAAACCCUGCUGAACACCUUGUUUGUUUACUGCAUCCAAAUGCUUGCAAACAGUUAACUAUAUGCGGAAAAGUCAGCAUAGCUGUGAAGUAUGCUGUGAAUUUUAAUUGAGGAAAAAGGACAAGUGAUUACGGGAUGGUCUAAUGUGCACUCUCUCUGGAAGAUGUUUUAAAUUGAAGGCUUUGUACUUUGUCUUCUGAACAAAGAUUUUGACUUUAUGAAGCUGUAACAUUACCAGAGCUUGCAGCAAAGAAACUCAGACCAAAGUGUGCAUUUUUCACAAAGAAAAAUUACAUUGCAUUCAAACAGCUGCUCCAACUGUGCAUUACUGGGUGUUUUGGGCAGUUUUACGGCUGUGCAGAAUCUGCUGGGCAAGAUGAAGCUCUGGAUUCUUACGGUAUAUUCAGUUCUAGUUGCAUCUGACUCUUUCCAGUCAGAGUCUUCUUUUUCUUCAGCCAGAGGAUCUUGUCAGAGUUUGUGUUCCUGUGAAGAAAAGGAUGAUACCAUGAUUAUAAACUGUGAAGAAAGAGGCAUCAAGACAGUAUCAGAGAUAAAUGUCCCACCAUCACGGCCUUUCCAUCUUAAUCUGUUAAACAAUGGCCUGACUAUGUUACAUGUGAAUGAUUUUGCUGGCCUUGUUAAUGCUAUCUCUCUACAUCUUGGAUUUAAUAACAUUGCAGAUAUCGAGCCUGGGGCUUUCAGUGGUCUCAGCCUUCUUAAGCAACUUCAUAUCAAUCACAAUUCUUUAGAAAUACUUAAAGAAGAUACAUUUAACGGAUUGGAAAAUUUGGAGUUUCUUCAAGCAGACAACAAUUUCAUCACAGUGAUUGAAGCAAGUGCCUUUAGUAAGCUCAACAGGCUUAAAGUGCUUAUUUUGAAUGAUAAUGCCAUUGAGAAUCUUCCUCCGAACAUAUUUCGUUUUGUGCCAUUGACCCAUUUAGAUCUUCGUGGAAACCAAUUACAGACACUGCCAUAUGUUGGCUUUUUAGAACAUAUUGGUAGAAUACUAGACCUUCAGUUGGAAGACAAUAAAUGGGUCUGUAACUGCGAUUUGCUUCAGCUGAAGAUAUGGCUCGAAAACAUGCCUCCUCAGUCAAUAAUAGGUGAUGUUGUUUGCAAUAACCCUCCAGUUAUCAAAGGCAGCAUCUUAAGCCGAUUGAAAAAAGAAUCACUUUGUCCUACUCAUCCUGUCAAUGAACUUGAAGAUCCUUCAGGGUCACUACCCUUGGUUGUAACCACCUCUAUUGGUGAUAGUCACCUAUCAACUAAGGUCAUUCCUAUCCUGAAAGCUCCUACUAAAGAAACAGGUUUAGUGCUUCAUACUUCAAAGCCAACUACUCAAUUUCCAGGAAUCUAUUGUCCCAUUCCCUGUCACUGCACCAGCCAUAUGCUCUCAGGAGUUCUCAUGCACUGCCAAGAGCGAAAUAUUGAAAGCUUGUCUGAUUUAGGACCUCCUCCUACAAAUCCUAAAAAGCUUAUUCUAGCUGGAAACAUUAUUCAGACAUUGAUGAAGUCAGAUCUUGUGGACUAUGCUAGCCUGGAAAUGCUUCAUCUGGGGAACAAUCGUAUUGAAAUCCUCGAGGAAGAAUCUUUUAUGAAUAUGACUAGACUUCAGAAAUUAUAUCUCAAUGGCAAUCAUCUUACAAAGCUAAGUCAAAAUCUCUUUCUUGGCCUUCUGCACCUUGAAUACCUGUACCUUGAAUAUAAUGCCAUCAAAGAAGUUUUGCCAGGGACAUUUAAUGUGAUGCCAAAACUUAAGGUCCUCUACUUAAAUAACAACCUUCUGCAGACUUUACCACCCCAUAUCUUUUCAGGGGUUCCACUUACCAGAUUAAACCUAAAAACAAACCAGUUUGCUCACCUGCCUGUGAGCAAUGUUUUGGAUGAACUGGAUAUGCUGGUACAAAUUGAACUUGAAGACAACCCCUGGGAUUGUACCUGUGAUUCCGUUGGGCUGCAAAAAUGGAUACAAAAGCUGAGUAAGAACACAAUGAUGGGUGAUAUUUUUUGUAAAUCUCCCGGACACCUAGAAAAAAAAGAACUGAAAUCCCUGAACAGUGAAGUCUUGUGUCCAGGUUUAUUAAACAGCCCUGCCCUACCAUCUCAUGCCAGUUUUGUAGUUGUGACAACUUCUACUACUACUACCAACACUGCAGACACAAUCCUGCGGUCCCUUACAGACGCUGUCCCACUUUCUGUUCUAAUACUAGGACUUCUAAUUGUGUUUAUAACUAUCGUAUUUUGUGCAGCAGGCAUAGUUGUUCUUGUUCUGCAUCGGCGGCGAAGAUGUAAAAAGAAGCAAGCAACUGAACAAAUGAGGGAUAGUAGCCCAGUUCACCUCCAGUACAGCAUGUAUGGGCAUAAGAAAACACACCACACAACAGAGCGCCCAGCUGCAUCUCUCUAUGAGCAACGUAUGGUUACUCCCAUGGUUCAGGUCUAUCACAGCCCAUCCUUCAGCCCCAAGCACACUGAGCAACAAGAGGAAGGAAGUGAGAAAGUAGGUAAUGAUUCCAAACAUCUCCGCAGAAGCCUCCUGGAGAGAGAGAAUAAUUCACCUCUUACUGGUUCAAAUGUCAAAUAUAAAGCUACAGAUCAAUCUGCUGAAUUUCUGUCUUUUCAAGAUGCCAGCUGCUUGUAUAGAAACAUUCUUGAAAAAGAAAGAGAACUGCAGCAACUAGGGAUUACAGAGUACCUACGAAAAAAUAUUGUCCAGCUCCAGCCUGAAAUGGAAGUUCAUUAUCCUGGAACACAGGAGGAACUGAAGUUAAUGGAGACACUAAUGUACUCCAGACCAAGAAAAGUUUUUCUAGAACAAACUAAAAAUGAGUAUUUUGAACUCAAAGCUAAUUUACAUGCUGAGCCUGACUACUUGGAAGUCUUGGAGCAGCAAACAUGAAAUAACACAUUGGGCUGGGCCAAAUUUCUCUAGUUCUGUAUCUACCCCUGUAAAUAAAAGUGCCUUAUAAUAACAAGUCAACAGUCAGAAUUUAAGCACAGCAGUAAUCCUAGAAAAAAAAAAAAAAACAAAAAACACUCAGGGAUCACUGUGGGAAGCCAUGGGGUUAUGUGCAGGUAAUGUUUCACCCCCAAUUAACAUGAACUGUAUGAACUGUGGGAGGAAGAUUGCUUAUUGCAAUAUUCCUCAGUGUGUUUUAAAGGUGUAUAUGGAACUCUCCUUUCUGUACCUAACCUAUGGAAAAAUAUUUGCUUCUUGUACUCUUUUUCUGUCAAAUUAAUUACAUUCCUUAAAACAAACAAAAACACCUGUGUUUGUAGUUACAAGGUUAGAGUGUAUUGGUUAGGUAUUAGCAUAAGUACUGCAUAUAUGGCCAUUGUCUACAACAACACCUAACAUACCCUUGUAAUAAAUAUGAAAGGAUUUGAAAAGUUUUCAUACUAAAUGUCAGUUAAAAACAAAAGGAAAUAUUUUUGCGUAUGCACCCAUACAUCCAGAGCCUUCAUAAACUUAAUAUUUUACAUGGAACUUCAUCAAAUAUAAGGAAAAAUAUCUAUGUUUACCUAAUAUCUUAUAAAAAGAAGAAAAAAAAUCAAACCUUUGCAUACUUUUCCCUAUCUGAUAGCUUUACUUAAGUUUGGACAAUCUUUUCUUAAGUUGCUGCUAUAAAAUAUCGUGCAUCACUGGUGUUUCAACUCACAAUCAUGGGCAAUUUGAAAAGCUACUGAGAAUCAGUUGUAAAUAUAUUGUUGUGUUUAAUAAGUUUGAUUUUUACAUGUCUAUCAAUAUAUAUAAAUAAAUAACUUCUGUACUGGCUUUAAAUAUACCUGGAGGAAAUAAGUUUGCUGUGGCUAGGAGCUUCCAGGUGCAAAAGCAGAUCCUGACUGACACUACCCAAAAGCAACUCCACCCCCCCUCCCAAAUAACUGCAACAAAACACAUAUAUGAGGAACAGUAAUAGUAUUUAGAUGUUUGUACAAAAAUAUGUUAUAUUUUGCAGAAUCUAGAAUAAAAUAGUGCUGUGGGAAAAUAGGGAAAAAAAAAGUAGAACACUGCAGAUUUAUUUUUGCAAUCAAUUCUAACUAGAUUUAUA